GAGGGUAGGGUGUGCUAAUGUUUACAACCACUGGGCUGUCAGUAAUUUCAUCGUAAAAGACUGAUUGGUUUUACCGAUAUUUCCAAAGUAUAUGAAAAGCCAAGUGAAUAAUAGCGACCCUUAAAUGACCCUUCCUCGCAUGCAGGUGCUUGUUAGCUGUGAAUUCCCCUGGUUGAUCUUGACUGUGUACAGUGAGUCUGAGCAGGCAUCUGGAAAGACCAGGGAUAACAUCUCAGAGUGUAAAUUUUGUUGGUAAACAGUGUCUCAAUGGAAUGGAUAUUCAUCAUGAAUCGGAUGAGCUCUCAGGGUAGCUCCACAGCCCAGCGGAGGCGGAUGGCCCUAGGGGUAGUGAUACUCCUGCUCGUGGAUGUCAUCUGGGUAGCCUCCUCUGAGCUAACCUCAUACAUUUUCAAGAGACAGGAAUACAACAAACCCUUCUUCAGCACUUUCACCAAGACCUCCAUGUUUGUGCUGUAUUUGCUGGGGUUCCUGCUGUGGCGGCCCUGGAGGCAGCAGUGCACUGGCACUCUCAAGCGCCGCCACUCUGCAUUUUUUGCUGAUGCUGAGACUUACUUUGCACCCUGCACCACUGACACCACUGUGAACAACUGUUUGAGUGAACCACUGUAUGUACCAGUGAAGUUCCAGGAUGUACCUGCUGAACACUCAAAUUGUUUAAUUGGAGACUGUGACUCUUCAACCUCCAAAAAGAACCGAGUGCGUUUUAGUAAUAUCAUGGAGGUGCGUCAGCUGCCUUCUACUCAAGCUCUGGAGGCCAAGCUGUCCCGCAUGUCCUACCCAGCUGCCAAGGACCAUGAAGCCAUGUUGCGCACAGUGGGCAAGCUAACCAUCACUGAUGUGGCCAAAAUCAGCUUCUUCUUCUGCUUUGUGUGGUUCCUGGCUAACCUGGCCUACCAGGAAGCUCUGUCCGACAUGCAGGUUGCAAUUGUCAACAUUCUGUCAUCCACCUCAGGCCUGUUCACGCUCAUCUUAGCAGCCAUAUUUCCCAGCAAUAGCAGUGACCGUUUCACCUUGUCCAAACUUCUGGCUGUGGCUCUGAGCAUGGGCGGGGUGGCCCUUGUGAGUUUCUCCAGCAUGGACAACCCUGAUGAGAAAGGCCUGAUAGGUUCGUUGUGGUCGCUGGCUGGGGCCAUACUUUACGCUGUCUACAUUGUAAUGAUCAAGAGACGAGUGGAUCGGGAGGAUAAGCUUGACAUUCCCAUGUUCUUUGGGUUUGUGGGUCUGUUCAACCUGCUGCUGCUGUGGCCAGGCUUCCUCCUGCUUCACUACACAGGCUUCGAGGCCUUUGAACUUCCCAGCCAGCUGGUGUGGACUUACAUCCUCAUCAAUGGCCUCAUUGGAACCGUCCUCUCCGAGUUCCUCUGGCUCUGGGGCUGUUUCCUCACAUCAUCUCUAAUCGGAACUCUGGCGUUGAGCCUCACUAUCCCACUUUCUAUUAUGGCAGAUAUUUGUAUGCAGAAGGUACGUUUCUCGUGGUUGUUUUUUGCCGGGGCAGUCCCAGUCUUCCUUUCCUUCUUCAUCGCCACACUCUUAUGCCAUUACAACAACUGGGACCCUGUGCUGGUGGGGCUGAGGAGAGUAUACGCCUUCAUUUGCAGGAAACAUCGUAUUCAGAGACUGCCAGAAGACAGCGAGCAGUGUGAAAGCCUUAUUCCUCUACACGCUUUCUCCCCCAAUGAAGGAAGCUUCUGUUCGUGAUCCAACAGUCAAACACAAAGUGGCAACUGUGGAUCUCGCUGAGCUGACAAUCUGGAAGCUUUCAGAGACAUUGAACUACCCCAGUGCCUCCUAUUGAAACUAUUUAUUUUCUACAGUGUUGAGAUGACCCAGCCAUUUCUACAAACUCAUUUUAAUCACAGACUGAAUCAGUCGUCACUGAGUGAGAUUCUGAUUUCACUUUUUUUGACAUUUUCUGUGUUAAAAGAAACUUCAUGGUACUCAAGGUGCUGGACAUUAUCGGUGAUUACUAUAGUGUCAUGUGACCAAAAUGAAACGGUACAUGUUGAACCUGAUCAUAGUACUAACAGAGGUGGAGUGGAUACAUGUGUUUAUUUGAAAAUCUGUGGAAAAGAGCUUCCAUCACUACUUUAGAAAGGACAAUGUUCUGAACUGGACAUCAUUGUGUUUGUCUGUUGGCCUUUUUAAGCCGUGCUGUUUGUUUGGUGUGUGUGUGUGGAGCAGACCAAGUGCAUUGUCGUAUGGCCAUUUGCACGCUCACAGAGCAAACCUAGUCUUUGUGGAUGUUGUUAGUAUUACCAAAGCAGCAUAUUAGUGAAACUCCUUAAAUUAUACACUGUGCUGCAGCUCUGUCUCUGAUUUCUACACCUGGAUCUAUAGAAACUCGUGCAGUUUGGAGUGUCAGCUUCACUGUCAUGCAGAUUUCUAGGGACCAGUAGUUAGAUAGAAUUAGAAAUGCAGUACAGCGAUGAGUUCAUGUUCCCCCGGCUUCAGCAGCUUGGGUAGUAACAGAAUUGUUCAGAGCGACUGCUGCGUGUGUUGCAAUAAUAUUUUCCACCUUCAGGUGAUACUAACACUGUCCUGAUAAGAUUCAAGUAUUUUACAUCUCUCAGCACAAAGCACAACACAGUCGGAGUCUUUAUUCUGUUGAGGAAAACUUUAUUAUGCUGAUGCUGGAAGAAGAAAAAUGAAAUCACAGUACAGCUGAACGAGAAAGCACCACAUCCUACGGACCCAACAACGCUCGUUUCCUCUUGUUACCUCUUGUUACUCCUGUUCCUCUGACCGUGCUGCAUCCUGAAGACAAACUGUGAUAGAGAAGUAAUCUUUGCAUUUGAACAUGAAGUGACAGUAAGCUACAAAACGGUCGUCUGCUUGAAUGAGGGGGUUUCCUUUUCAAAUGGGUGUAAAUACUGUACACAGUGAAACAUUAUCAGAGUAUUGAUGUUUGUUUGUGAACCUUGGAUGAACACUACAUUUUUUUAAUCUUCUGAGAUUCUGUAUCAGUUUAUAUUUGAUGUAUUGUAAAUGAUUACAGCCAGAGGAAGAGUUUGCAUUACAGCCAAAUUCUCUUUUAGUUGCAACUGAGAUUAUAAUCACAUGAAUUGGACUGUCGUGAACUAAAAAUGAUUUUAUAUACUGUUUGGGAUUUCAUGUGAUGAGAAAAAGCAUUUCUUUAAGCAGCCUCAGAGUCUGUCAUGUAAUCAAGGAUGUAUACAUUGCAGUUGAAAGUGAAAUGUAAAUGUUAUUCCACUCAUCCUGUUAAAUGUCAGAUGUGUGUUACAUCUUUAUGGAGUGCUUUUAUUGCACUCACCUUUGAUUGGACGUAUGAAGUGGAGGAAGUAAUAACUGGCUGGCAAGGGUAAAUGAAUGGGCUGAGCACUUUAAAUUGACAGAUAGAAACUGGUUUCAUUCAUGUUCAUUCAGUCCCACGCUCUGUCAGGAUUUCUUAGAUGAUACAUUUACAGGUGAUUCUUCUUUUAUCUUUUAUCAGUGGUGCUUGUGGAAUCAUGGAUAUGAUUUUUUUUCUUUCUCAGGUUCUUUGUCUUGUUUUCGUUAUCUGAGCAAUUUCUUUGUCUUUUAAGUGUCAUUAAUGAAGAUGUAAAUGAGAUCUGUAAAAGAAGGCCCAGAAAAGGCUGUGAUAGCAGAUUCCCUUUUAUCAGCCUAAGCUCUUGAAUAAUCCUAUUAUUUUGCAAGACUGUUUCCAUACUUACACUGCACUAUUAAAACAUAUCAUUUUAAA